AUGGAACUGAAAGUAACCAUGUCAGGAAAAGGAAAUGGGUCUACAUAUUCUCAGUUGAGUUUCUUUCUGUGCAUUCUUCUGUAUUGCUGGGUUCUAUUUAAUCCAGUAAAUGGCUACUCAAUGAAACACUGCAGAAUCAGGGAAUCUCUAAAUAUGUCUGUGCUAUGUGAUAGCAGGAACCUCAAUGCCGUACCAGCAGACAUUCCAUCAUUGGUGAGAUCUGUAAACAUAGCAAAGAAUAACAUUUCACAGAUAAAAAGUGAGGACUUCAAAGAUCUAUCGAUCCUCAAAAUGUUAAUCAUGUACAGCAACAGGAUCUCUCAUGUGGAGAAUGGGUCUUUUUCAGACCUGGUGGCUCUAGAGCAGCUGAAUCUGGCCUUUAACAAACUCACGUCCCUCUCAGACCAAAUGUUUAAGGGCCUGGACAACCUCGUAGUACUACAAUUGGAUAACAACCACAUCUCAAGUAUCGCAUCAUCAUCUUUUCAGUUACUCUUCAGCUUGAAGGUACUGAACUUAACCAGCAACAAACUGCAUUGUUUAAAGGAGCUUCAGCCCAUUUUACAAUUACCAAGCUUGCUGAAGUUGUUUAUUGGGAACAACAGCUUGACCUCUUUGCAGUCACAGGAAAUAUCAAAUAGGUCAAUAGGGCUGACAGAGCUGGAUCUAUCCAGGAAUCCUCUGGAGAGCUUCAGCGUCACAGCAGAUAUAUUUCCCCAUCUUAAGAAAUUAGACCUCUCCUUCUGUGGCAUUAAUGAAAGCAUGGAAUGGGAUGUGGCGGACAGGUAUUUUCUGAGUAAUGUGAGCAGUCUCGACUUGAGUGGCAUUCACAUGUCUUUACAGGGGAUGAGUUCGGUGCUCCAGAGCAUCAACUUUUCAUUGGCAUCUCUGGGGCUGGAUAAAAUAGGAAGAGAUAAUCUCAUUAAUGUAGCCUGCCACAUACCUACACUGAAGACACUCCGAUUGCAAUGUAACAACUUCAGUACUGUCUCUGACAAGCUGCUGCAGUCCUGCACACAGGUGACUGACCUUGACAUAUCAGGUAAUAAUAUUACUGACCUGUCAGAAGACGCUUUUAGAUCAAUAAAAAAUCUUAGAACUCUGAGACUAGACUAUGACGGCCUCUCUUCUGUGCCGAAUGCUACAAGGAAUCUCCCCACAUUGAAAAAAUUGGAUCUCAGCCACAACAUCAUCAAAACUUUAGGAUGCUCGGAUUUCUCCAAUCUAAGAAGACUCGUAAAACUCUAUUUUAACAACAAUUUAAUCUCAAACCUUGAAUGUUGUGUUUUCCAGGAUUUGAGGGCCUUAAAUAGCCUGACACUUGGAAGGAACAGAAUCCUAAACUUGGGUGAUGCUUUCACGAAGGGUUUGCUAAAUUUAAAGAGCUUGGAUUUAGGAUUCAAUAAACUAACCAACAUCAGAACAAAGUCCUUCAAAAGCUUAAGAUCACUCGAGGAUUUGUCUUUACAUGACAAUCAAAUAAAGACACUGGAAGAUGGGGCCUUUGUGGGUUUGGCCAAACUUAAAAUACUUGUCCUGCUAAACAAUGUUAUCGGUAGAAAUGAAAUCCGAGGUGCUGUGUUCAAAGGACUUAGAAGAUUAAAAACUCUCAAUUUGGCUUCCAAUGCUAUCAGAUAUGAAAAAGAUGAACUACUCCAACAACCACCCUUCACUGACCUGUCAUCUCUGGAAAACCUCUACAUAUUUAGUCAGCAUUAUAGUAAGUAUAAGAUACAGAAUUAUCUACCUUCCAACUUUCUUGAAGGUCUGAAAAAGUUAUCAGAGUUCCAAGCAGGGAAUCUUCACAUUAUGUUCCUGCACCCUAACACAUUCAUUCACACACCCCAGAUGUUGUCUCUUGAUAUCAGCCAGAAUUGGAUCAAAGCCCUCUCCCCAAAGCUCUUUCACCCAAUCCCCAAGCUCAAAAGACUCACCGUCUCCAAAACUGAACUUGGGUCAUUAGAUUUCCUUAUAGAAGCCAACCUCACUCAAGUCCGUUUCUUAAAAGUGAGACAGAAUGAAAUUACAUGGACCAAUGAGACAGUGGUGCACUCUCUCCCAGCCUUAACUCUCCUGGAUAUGCAAAGGAAUCCUUUCAUCUGUGACUGCAGAAAUGCUUGGUUUGUUCAAUGGGCGGAGAGCAACAACCAAACACAAGUUGGUUAUGCCUAUGACUAUCCAUGUAGCUAUCCAGAAGAUCUAAAGGACAGUAAACUGUUGGACCUGGACACCCACUCUUGUUCAGUGGACAUAGGCUUCUUCUACUUCAUCUCAACCACUUCUCUGGUCCUCCUCACCCUGCUGGGGUCCUUUAUCUAUCAUCUCCUGAGGUGGCAGGUGGUAUAUGCCUACUACCUCUUCCUGGCUUAUCUCCAUGACACCAAGCGGAAGAACAGACAAACUCCUCAUCAGUACGAUGCCUUCAUUUCCUACAACACCCAUGAUGAAUCCUGGGUCAUGAGGGAGCUGCUGCCAGAGUUGGAGGGAGAGCAGGGCUGGAAGUUGUGUCUGCACCACCGGGACUUCCAGCCAGGUACCACAUAUUCAGCACAACAAUUAGUCAUUGUAUUGAAAUGCGUUGUUAUUUCAGAAAUGUUUUAUGAAAAUUCACAUUUUAUGUGAAUAUUCUGGACGUAACACAGGCUUGUGUGAGUGACCUGCAUCCAGUAUAACAUUAAAUGCCAUCUGAAACAGGAAGUUGCAUAAUACUAAGAGUGCACAGAUUCAGUUGAAACCAGUAACUACAUACACAUACAACUAGUAGUAAAUUGUCCAAAAUCACUGCUUACAAAGGAUUUGUUUCUCACUGUGUUCCACAGGUAAACCCAUCAUAGAGAACAUCACAGACGCCAUCUACAGGAGCAGAAAAACCAUCUGUGUGAUCACCCACCGAUAUCUGGAGAGCGAGUGGUGCUCCAGAGAGAUACAGGUGGCUAGGUUGGUUUAAUGUCUUUCUCUUUAUAGUUGUAUGACUGCCCAGGGGUUUGUUUCCCUGAAGCUUCAUAGCUAAUAUUAACUUUCUUUCUCUCAAUGUCCCAGACCCACUCCACUUAUUGAACAGCAAAGUGCUUUAUUUGACAAAUGUUGUUUCUACACAAUUUACAUUCAAACAUCGAUUUUUAUAAUUUUUACUCUCUUGCGGCUUUGCAUCUGGGUUGUCGAGAGAAAACAAUGUGCCAUGUUGUUAGCUUUAGGUAUGAUGUUUUUCGGAAAAUCACCCAUGUAUGGGACUCGGGUCGUCUACGUAAACACUGAAAUAAAAGACUCUGCUCUCUCCAGCUUCCGUCUUUUUGAUGAGCAGAAGGAUGUGCUGAUCCUGGUGUUUCUAGAGGAGAUCCCAGAACACCAGCUCUCACCCUACCACCGCAUGAGGAGGCUGGUGAAGAAACGCACCUACCUGAGCUGGCCCAGAGCUGGGGAGCACACCGGGGUCUUCUGGCAGAAACUCCAGGUGGCUCUGGAGACCAGGGACUGGCCUGAGGAGAACCCCAUCCUCACCGGGGUGGAGAGAGUGACAUAG